AUGGUUUCCACCCCCGAACCCUCGGCGCCAUCCGAACCAAUCCCGUCUGUACCUUCAGUCAACACGGAGACGGCGAAUACUGAGAUCCCUGCCACCCCCGGUCCAAUUGUGGUCGAUAAUUUUGGCGACGACAGCAACAGUGAAUUCGAUGAUGACCUGUCCGAUCUGACCUCCCUGUCGGAUAGCGUGCUCGACUUUGAGUAUGAAAAUGGUCGGCGGUAUUGCAGUACUCGCUCCGGCGGUUAUAUGAUGCCAAAUGAUGAGGAGGAGCAGGAUCGGAUGGAUAUUACACACCAUAUAUGGCUGAUGCUACUAGGAGGAGAGCUCUAUAAUGCGCCCCUCAUGAUGUCGCCACAGAACAUUCUUGAUCUCGGGACCGGAACAGGCAUUUGGGCGAUGGAUAUUGCCGAGAAAUUCCCCAGCGCCCACGUCAUUGGGAAUGAUAUCAGCCCCAUCCAGCCUAGUUGGGUGGCCCCAAACAUCGAGUUCAUCGUGGAAGAUUUCGAAAGCGAAUGGGAAUAUGAAAAGAACCACUUUGACUUUAUCCACGCACGAUGUCUAGCAGGGUGCGUGGCCGACUGGCCCAGAUUUAUUAGGCAGAUUUACGAGCACGUCAAACCCGGCGGCUACUUUGAAUCGCACGAGAGUGCCGUGUGGGCCCGGAGCGACGAUGGCACACUCAAGGAAGAUUCCGCACUCAUGGAAUGGCAGCAGGCCAUCAAUUUCGCCGGCGAAAAGACCGGUCGGGAGCUGAACAUUUACCACAAACUGAAGGAUUGGAUGAUUGAAGCCGGCUUUGAGGAUGUUCGAUUGACGGUCUACACACUGCCCUUCUCGCCCUGGCCGCGCGAUCCCCAUCUGAAGGCCUUGGGGAAGUACCAAGCCGUGCAGUUACAACAAGCCAUUGAUUCUUAUUCGCUGCGCUUGUACACACAGGUGCUGGGCUGGAGUGCGGAGAUGGCGCAGAUUCACAAUGCGGUGGUCAAGCGGGAGCUGCGAGAUAAAAGGUUACAUGCCUAUGUUCAAACCGUCGCCGUCUAUGGAAGAAAGCCUCUGGACUACUAA